AUGCCUAGGUCAAGCUUCUCGGACAACCCAUUAUUACGGGUCUCGAGACCUGUAUCCGCCUGCUCGAGAUGUCGAGCUGCGAAAGUCAAGUGUGAUGGCAAGCUCCCAGCUUGCACGGCCUGUGAGAAGGCCGGCCGCGAGAACGAGUGCUCCGCCGCCAACGACCAAUUCGCUCGUGGCAAGGAACGGAGCUAUGUGGCCGCGCUUGAGUUGCGCAUCGAAAAGCUCGAGCGACGGCUGAACUACGCUCGCUCGCGAAAGGCCUCGGUUGCUAAUCACGAGCAGGACGGGCCUCUGGCUAGGGCGCAGCCUCAAGAUCGCAAGGACUCUCUCGCGAACAUCCGGGCAGCCAUACACCGCAAGGCUGAGCGGAAACGAGAGAACUCAGAUGUCAACUCGUUGAUAUCCGACUUUGGCUACAUGUCGAUCAACGCCACAACCCGUGACUUUGAGCCCACGCUCAGCAACAUGACUUUUGCUCGUCUUAUUCUUGCAGCCGUGAUCAAUGAUCCCCUGCCUGAGCCCCAGUCUCCCAGCUUGCCAGAGAAGCAGGCUGCUCAUUCCAUCGUCCAGUACUACAUGACCAACAUCUACCCUCUGUUUCCACUGUUUCCUGGGACAGUGCUACUGUCAGCACUUGAGGAUAUGUACCAGCAAGAGCGCCAUGUCAGCAGCGCAAGCAAGUGGCUUGUAUACAUGGUGCUGGCGACAGGUUCCAUGGCCCAAUCGCGGAGCACCCAGGAUGACUACUACAAAAAUGGGGUAGAGUUUGCGUCCAACGCUUUGCAACUGGCCGAUCGUGCUCUGCAGCCUGGUCACGCCACUCAAAUCCAAUCUCUCGCUGUAUUCACGCAGUACGCCAUGUUGGACCCAGCGCAUUUCGACAGUUGGCACUUGAUUGGCUUCACGUGUCGUGCUGUUGUUGACCUGGGCUUCCACCAGGACCCGCCAAGUCAGGCCCAAGCUGACAGAGCAGCGCUCGAUAUGAGACGCAGGACUUUCUACUGUGUCUACGCACUGGACAGGGCAAUCAGCAUGGUGCAUGCACGCGCAUUCUCUUUCAGCGAUGAUGCCAUCAGAGUCGAUUUGCCAGCCAUGUCUGGCAUAGGUCGCAUAGCCUCAGUCGCUGGCACAAUAACAGGCCCACAAUCACACGAUCCCGCCAUUCUGCUGUUUCAACUCCGCCGCAUCCAGUCGCAAUGGUACCAAACCCUGAUCCAGUCCGACCCCAGCCAGCCUAUCGACGGCAAUGACGGAGAUGUCACGUCUUUCAUCUGGCAGAUGUGCCAAGAUAUGCGCGAGUGGGACGAGUCUCUUCCCGAAACUCUUCCCAUCGGCAUUCGGGAGCUCUUUGACCUGGAGUUGAAGUACAGCUAUGUCUACUGCUUAGCCCCAAGCGCUCGGGCACCAGUCAUGACUGCUUACGGACGAAUGUUGAUCUUUGAGUAUGCCAUUGCUUAUUUGGAUCACAUCUACGGCAUCGCCCAUGGGAGCCCAGACCCACAUCCAUGUCUCUACACAUAUCAUGAUGCGCUACGGGUCUUCUUCAUGGGCAGCCAGUUCAUGGCAGUCCUGCGAGACGCCGGCGAUUCCAUUCUCGCAGGAGCAUCUGUCCCGAUGCCACUGCCUCUACCAGGAAAAGCACCGCCGCCACCCUUUCCCACACGGACCAGUAACGAGGACAACCUGACGAGGAGCAUUCGCUGCCUUGAGCGAGUGAAGUUGACCCUACAAAAAUACGGCGAGAGGUGGACGGACGCCCAGAGUUUGAUGCAGAGCUUCAACGCGAUUAGUGAAGAUCUUCUCGACAGUCUCAAGGCAAAACAGCAGCAGGGCUUUCAAUACGCUGUCGCUGCUCAAGCGCAAGCGCAAGCGCAAGCUCAGGCACAGGCACAAGCUCAGGCACAGGCUCAAGCUCAAGCCCAGGCUCAAGCCCAGGCACAGGCCCAGGCCCAGGCCCAGGCUCAGGCUCAGGCACAGGCACAGGCACAAGCCCAUAUGCAUCACCAGCAUCAAUAUCAUCAUUCACCACCUCCACGACAGUACCAACAAGUUCCAGUAUACUAUCUCGAUGCAGCAGCAGCCGAUGGACCGCCUAUGCAUCAUAUUCCCCAGCGGGGCUCUCCCAACCAGGACGUAAAAUGGGAGAACGUCGAUAUAUCGCAAAUGAUGGGCGGAGGCGAGCAAAAGAUGCGAGAUCUGAGAGAGCAAGUGCUGCUUGAAUUUCCCGGGCCUUUUAUUCUCCGUUCUUCCCUCUACCGCUUUGGUCCUUUACACGCGUCACUGCUCGCCUCUAGCACGGCCACUCAGCAACGCCACCGCUUGGUCUAUGUUUCGACAUUCGAUGAUGCUACAUAG